CCACACCCAUCACUCCCAGUAUUUAGUUUCUGCGCCCACUGCAAACACAUUUCUGUCUUUGGGUCAGUUUCUGUCAGAACUUCCCUCUGAAAGCAGCUCAAACUUUGCUGAGUUAUUUUUCCACUCCGACAACAUGUGCACUGGAAAAUGUUCCCGUUUCAUUGCCGUGACUCUGUAUCCAUUGGCACUUAUAUCCAUCAUCUGUAACAUCGUGCUGUUUUUUCCCGGCGGGGACGUGAAGUACGCCCAAGAUGGACACAUUACUGAGGAGGUGAAAUACAUGGGGGGACUCGUCGGAGGAGGAAUAAUGGUGCUGCUCCCUGCGCUGUACAUCCACCUAACGGGGACGCAGGGCUGCUGUGGGAACCGCUGCGGGAUGUUCCUCUCCAUUGCCUUCGCUGCGGUGGGUGUGGCCGGCGCUCUGUACAGCUUCAUCGUGGCGGUGCUCGGUCUGCAGAACGGACCUCUCUGCAAAGUCAUUCUGAUCUGGGGGACACCUUUCAAAGACGGCGACCAUAGUUACCUGACUGACAGCACGUGGUGGGGCACGUGCACCGAGCCUAAGGACAUCGUGCAGUUCAACAUCGGGCUGUUCGCCACCCUGCUGGCCACCAGCGGCCUGCAGCUGAUCCUCUGUGCCAUCCAGAUGAUCAACGGGCUGUUCGGCUGCCUCUGUGGCACCUGUGGAGACAAAGGGCCGCUGUGAGUCUGACAGAUGACCGGCGCCCUCUGCUGGAGGAUGGAGAGAAGUGUUCCUGCUACAAAAUAUUCACUAUGACAUUUUUAUACUUUUUGUGUUUUUCAUGAGGCUAAAUGCUGCAUUUUAAUAAAAUAGACAUCUUUUAUGUCUGCAAGUGUUGUUGUGAAAAUGGCACAGUAUUAUAAACAAUUUAUGCUUUUGAUUUAAUUUGAAAUAAAUUGUUUUAAAAUAAAAGACGCUCAUCCAG